CAUGAAAUACUUCUCCCUACUCCCAGCCUUUGUCUUUGCGGCGACGGUCGUCGCGUUUCCCUCCCAUGCUUCAUUGGCCGGCCUCAGCGAGCGUGAACUCGACGCCAUCAUUCCUACACUCGAGGUUCGAGAGCCGGCACCACUUCCUGGACCUCUGGAGGAUACCUCUACGAAGUUGGUGAACGACGAGGCUCACCCGUGGAAACCGCUUCGACCGGGUGACAUCCGUGGUCCUUGCCCUGGUCUCAAUACUUUGGCGUCUCAUGGGUACCUCCCAAGAAAUGGCAUUGCAAGCCCGUCGCAAAUAAUCAACGCUGCCCAAGAAGCAUUCAACAUGGACAAUGGAGCCGCAAUCUUCGCGACAUUUGAAGCCCACGUUAUGGUGGGCAAUCUCGUCACAGACUUGUUGAGCAUCGGACGCAGCACGCCACUCACUGGGCCUAGUCCCCCACUCCCAGCUACCGCUGGUGGACUCAGUGAGCAUGGCCUCUUCGAAGGCGACGCUAGUAUGACCAGAGGUGAUGCGUUCUUCGGCAGCAACGAUGCUUUCAACGAGACGCUCUUCCAACAGUUCAUUGAGUACAGUAACCGGUUUGGAGGAGGGAAAUACAAUCUCACCGCCGCAGCGGAGCUCCGCUUCAAGCGUAUUCAAGACGGGAUUACAACCAACCCCGAAUUCAACUUUGUCUCCCCAAGGUUCUUUGCUGCUUACGGGGAGUCUGUCGCCCCUGUCAACUUUUUCGUCGACGGACGCAGGAACGAUGGCGCGUUGGAUAUGGAUGCUGCGCGUGGAUUCUUCCAGUUCAGCCGCAUGCCCGACGGUUUUUUCCGUCCGCCUGAGCCGAGAGGCAGCCAAGGAGUCGACGUGGCCGUAGGGGCGCAUUUUGUGCAGCCUGGAAGGAACACUGGCCAAGUCAACAGCUACACCGUCGAUCCAACGUCUGCCGACUUCUCCACUCCCUGCUUAUUGUACGAGAACUUAGUCCUCAAAACAGUCAAGGGACUAUACCCGAAUCCGAAGGGAAUACUUCGCAAGGCGCUUAACACGAAUCUUGAUUAUCUUUUCCAGGGUAUAAAUCGCACCGUCGGCGGAUGUCCCCAGGUAUUCCCAUACGGGCGAGAUUG